AUGGCUGAAGGCCAGCUUGCGACGCUGCCGCCGAUGGCCUCACACGCCUCUGCCCCAAGUCUCUCGAAAGAUGAACUUUAUCAGUUACAGCAGUGCGAGAGGAUCAUUCAGUUUCGCGAUGCCAUUCUUGCCGGCGCCCAUCCUAGGAUCAAGGUGCCAGCCAAUUUGGCGAAACAAACACCUGCUUUUGCAAACGCUUCUCUGUCCAACCCUUCCACGCCGGCAAAAGACUCGGCUGCAGUCGGUCAGCCCGACCAGCCUGGGGGCUUUCAGUUGGUUGCAAACACGCAAAACGCGUCUCUUCCGGGUUUGGGAAACCUGCUCCCGACUAACGCGAAUCUGCCCCAAAGACCAUAUGGCUCCGGCAAUACUGAGAUCAAUCCUAUUUUCCUCGAGAAAUCUGAUGACCUGAUCAAAGCCGAGAUCCAGCUCCAGAGGCAGCGCCUUGAGCGAGCAUUGCGGGACGAGGUCGACCAACGACGGGCGGCUGUGAAGGCUUCGGCUCAGGCAGAGCCACUCGCCGAUAUCGAUCUCUCCGAUGUCCUCUCCAAAGCUCUCACUCUUGUCCAAGCUACCACAACCAUGCCUGCCAAUGCUAUGCUGGCUGCUAACACUUCAGCUGCAAGUGAUUCAUUUGAUGAGAACUCGUACUACUCCUCCCAACACAACUCGCCCGACUCUUCCCUCCUCAGUUCCCGCGCAGGCAACGAGCCUGACGCUGCCACGCAAGCAAACAAGGCGUCUGCGCCUUCACAACCCUUCGACUUCCAGACUCAGGUUCAAACCAGUCCAACCUCCGGCCUGCCUUCCUCGCUUUCCCAUGCGUCUGCUACUCAUCAGCCACAGGGCCAAGCUUCGACGUUCACUCCAUCCCACGCACGAGCUGCCCCGAGUGCAGUCGAUAUCGCACAAUAUGACCGAGAACCUCCUGAUAGUUCGCCACAAGGAGGACGGAAUAUUGAGAAGCGAAAGGGCAAGAAAAAGAACAAGGUGAACAAGAAGGCGGCCCGGCAAGCGCAGGAGGCCGAGCCUUACAUCAAGCCUGAACCCCGGUCACCCUCUCCCAUGAACGCGCCUUCGUUUAUUCGACCCCCCAAGCGCCAGAGAAGACAGGGAGAGGAGGAGCCUCGAUAUGCCCAGUCAGAGCGCCAAUUUUCUCGCUCCUACAGGGACGAAGCCGCAGCUCCAGCUUACGAGAACCAAGAGUAUCGCCGACCUGUCAGUCAAGCCGCCGUUGCUGCUGAAUACGGGUACGGAAGAGAGUACGUGGAGGAUGCCCGCGUCCCUAGUGGCGCAGAGUAUGUACGGCGAGUACAGUCGCCUGGCGUAUACGCCGUCCAUACUGCGCCGAGUGAGAUUUACGCAACUUCUCCAGCUAGUGUCGAUCGCUACGGUAGGGAACCUACACGAUACUACCGAGACGGCUACGAGGUCACGCGUAUGAGUACUCGCCCCGUGGCUGAGCGUGGAAGAUCUCGUUCCCCGGCCAUGAGGGGGAGAGGAUCACCACUUAUGGGACCCCCGAAGGGGCCGCCUGCCAGAGUCGUAGUAGAUCCCACUAGCGGCCGCAGAUACUACGAACCCGCCAGCGUGCUUCGUCAGUCGGCCGCGCCGCAACAACCAGAGAUUAUUUACGAGAGAGCACCGAUCCGAGCCGAGUCCAGACGGCCCGGGCCGGACCCGCGCGACGAUGACGUCCUUUACCAGAGAACCUCACCCAUGUACGCGGUACCACGCCGUGUGCUCACCCAGCCAGAGUAUGGAACGUCAGAUGCUCAUCGUAUAUAUCGCCAGCGGGAAUACUCGUCGAGACCGAUGCCGCCACCAGGAGAGGAGUAUGUUCAGAUAAGGGGCGGAACGGAGCGGCGCAUUGUGGAGGGGUUGCCACAGGAGUACAUGAUGCGUGCGACGACGGUGCGUCCGGCCGAGACGAUACGAUACGAACUUCCUCGGGAGUAUGGGAGAGUACAGAGCGUGAGACCAGAGCAGCUGCCUGUUCGGGACUACGGCGGUGCGCCCAUACACCCGGAAAGUCGACGGGAGGUGAUCCCGCCCAUUCCUCGUUCGUACAGCGUACGGCCGGCAGCCGAGUCCCACGUUGUGCGGAGAGAGUAUAGUGUCAGGCCGCUGGAUCAGCCGUACUACGGUCAGCCGGUCCCCGCCCGGGGUGAACCGGAGGUAUCGUAUAUUGAGCGGCCGAGAGUGGCCGCCCCGGAAGUAUACUACACCGAGGAGGGGCCCCGUCAGGUGUAUCGGUGA